AUGCACAGAAUCGCCGCCCCCCUAAGAAACUCGGCGCGCACUGCGGCGCUGGCCGCUAGCACCAAGAGCGUGCCCCGCGUUACCUCCGUCGUGUCGCGCUCCUAUGCUACCGCAAAACCUGCUGCAUCGGAGGUUUCCUCUAUCCUCGAGUCUCGUAUCUCUGGCAGUUCUCUCGGUGGGAAUGUCGAGGAGACGGGUCGCGUCCUGAGCGUCGGUGACGGUAUCGCCCGUGUCUACGGGUUGAGAAACGUCCAGGCCGAAGAGAUGGUGGAAUUCUCUUCCGGCGUUCGCGGCAUGUGUCUGAACUUGGAAGCCGACAACGUCGGUGUCUCCAUCUUCGGUAACGAUCGUGCCAUCAAGGAGGGUGACACUGUCAAGCGUACGGGUCAGAUUGUCGACGUUCCCGUCGGCCCUGGCUUGCUUGGCCGUGUCGUUGAUGCUCUGGGCAACCCCAUCGACGGCAAGGGUCCCAUCCAGGCCUCUGAGCGUCGCCGUGCGGCCCUCAAGGCCCCCGGUAUCUUGCCUCGUCGUUCGGUCAACCAGCCGAUGAUGACUGGUAUUAAGCCCAUCGACGCCAUGGUGCCCAUUGGCCGUGGCCAGCGUGAGCUUAUCAUUGGUGACCGUCAGACCGGUAAAACUGCUGUUGCUAUCGACACCAUUCUGAACCAGAAGCGGUGGAACGACGGCACUGAUGAGGACAAGAAGCUCGUCUGUGUCUACGUUGCUGUUGGUCAGAAGCGGUCCACCGUCGCUCAAUUGGUCAAGACUCUGGAGGAGAACGACGCCAUGAAGUACUCCAUCAUUGUCGCUGCUACUGCUUCCGAGGCUGCGCCUCUGCAGUACCUUGCUCCUUUCUCCGGAUGUGCUAUGGGUGAAUGGUUCCGUGAUAACGGCAAGCAUGCUUUGAUCGUCUACGACGACUUGUCGAAGCAGGCUGUGGCUUACCGGCAGAUGUCUCUGUUGCUCCGUCGUCCUCCUGGUCGUGAGGCUUACCCUGGUGAUGUGUUCUAUUUGCACUCCCGUUUGCUCGAGCGUGCCGCCAAGAUGAACGACAAGUUCGGUGGAGGAUCCCUCACUGCUCUCCCCAUCAUUGAGACCCAGGGUGGUGAUGUGUCUGCCUACAUCCCCACGAACGUCAUUUCCAUCACAGACGGCCAGAUCUUCUUGGAGGCUGAGCUGUUCUUCCGUGGUGUCCGUCCUGCUAUCAACGUCGGUUUGUCCGUGUCUCGUGUCGGAUCGGCUGCCCAGACGAAGAUCAUGAAGAAGUUUGCCGGUUCCCUGAAGCUGUACUUGGCGCAGUACCGUGAGGUCGCUGCCUUCGCUCAGUUUGGUUCUGACCUCGACGCUUCCACUCGUUUCUUGCUGAGCCGUGGUGCUCGGCUGACUGAGCUGCUGAAGCAAGGUCAGUACCAGCCUCUUCCCAUGGAGGUCCAGGUCCCCAUCAUCUACGCCGGUGUCAACGGUCUGCUUGACUCUAUCCCCGUCGACAAGAUCACACAGUGGGAAGGCGAAUUCCGUUCGCACUUGACCUCGAGUCAGGGUCCUCUUCUGGAGGAGAUUGCCAAGGGCAACGUCACUGGCGACAUUGAGGAGAAGAUCAAGAAGGUCGUCGAGGACCACGUCUCCUCUUUCAAUGCAUAG